CUAUUUCCGACAGCCCGUGAAGGCAGCUGCUGAAGAGCAAGGAUCCAUGUUAACCGUAUUGCUCGUGCUAAGCGCUUUGAAUGCUUCAGCUUUGUCAACAUGAUCUUGAAUGCUUAUUCAGGUCGUGUUCCGUUUGAUCCCCACCUUGUAACUUCUUCAUAGGCGUGUUAAGACAUUCCUAAUGGAGUCCUUUAACGAGCCCAGCUAGCCUCGCUGCGGACAUUGUUUUCCUCGUAGCCACAAUCGACUAACCAGUCGUUGUGUUAGCGAACAUGGCGAUUGUGUCUGGCUCCUGUGCCAGGGUGAACGGCUCCAGAAACGGGCCAUCGGUGUCUGCUACAGCAGGCUCUGGGUCAGUGGGGCAGUCUCAGCCCAUGAUAGCCGUGUGGGAGUGGCAGGACGACGUGGGCUGCUGGCGGCCGUACAGCGGCCAGGUGAGCGCCUACAUCGAGCGCUGCCUGUCGCCGCGCGGCCACCGAGGAGGCGGAGGAACCGGCGCAACUAGCAUCUGCCUCGGACAGUCGGACCCCAGCCUGUCGCCCUACCUCAUCGACGUACCGAGCUUGAGGCAGUUCCGACAAGACACAGGAAAGACACGCUCCGUGCGCCGGUCCUUGUUUGCCCAGUCCUCUGGCCUCGGCAGUGGCGUUUACUGGGAAUGGGCCAACGACGAUGGAGGCUGGACUCCGUAUGAGACCCGAACUUCGAUCCUUUUGGAGCACAGCUAUCAAGCUCGCCAAGGCACAGCGGACCUUGGCCCCCAUGGAUACAAUUACAUUGUGGAUCUCACAUCUCUGGCCCAGGUCAAUAAAUCAACGGGCUUCAGGCGGCAGGUUCGGCGGCAGUGUAACCUGCCCUAUCCGCUGGCCUCCUCCGGGCCUCCAGCGGCCAUCCCCUCGGGCGCCGCCUGCUCCUGCCAGCAGUGUUUGAGCAACAGCAGCACGGGACCUAUGCCCAGCCGCUCACGACAUUCCUUCUCUUCGAGUAGUCUGAAUCGACCCAGCCUCCAAGGGACUGGGAGGGUUGCUGCUGCUCACCCGACUUCUGUCUACUCGCCGUACCCCAGAAGGCCCCUCUCUGUGGGGGGGAUGUCUUGGGGAAGCUCUUGGCCUCCGCCGCCCUCUGUUAGUCAUAUGCCUGCACCUCAUCUGAGCAGCUCAUCAAGUGUUAAUGGGUUAAGUGUUCCUUCCAUCUCGGUGCAGCUGAAUGGGUCCACCAGCGUGAGCUCUGCACUGGCAGGCAUGGCCUCCAUUUUGAUGUCAGCAGUGGGAGUUGGCGUGCACUUCACCUCCGCCCCCCUCUCUCAGCAGCAGCCCCUGCAGCAGCAGCAGCAUCAGCAGCAGCAGCAACCUGCUCCUUUCGCUCUUCCUCCUCCUCCUCCUCUCCUCCCCACAGCCAGCAGGCCCCACAGCAGCAGCAGCAGUACAGUUAGGAGAGCAAAGAGGCAGCACAGGAGAGCGUCAGCUCAGAGAUCCGAGGACGUGAUUCAGCGCUACAUGGAGGUGGUGGCAGAAGUGCCAGAGGAGGACUGCAUCAUCUGCAUGGAUCAGCUGUCCAAUCCGUCCAGCUACGAGAUGCCGUCCUCAGAGGAGGCAGGCCAGAGCAUCCCGCCAGAGACUGUGGGGAAAUUCAUCAAAUGCGGACACACCCUGCACAUGCUCUGCAUGCUGGCCAUGUACAACAAUGGAACAAAGGACGGCAGCUUGCAGUGUCCGUCCUGCAAAACGAUCUACGGAGAGAAGACCGGCACGCAGCCCAAAGGCAAGAUGGAAAUUUACAGCGUUGCUCAGUCGCUGCCCGGACACCCAGACUGUGGCACCAUUCAGAUCAUCUACAGCAUCCCACCUGGGAUACAGGGCCCGGAGCAUCCCAACCCAGGACAGCCGUACACCUGCAGGGGCUUCCCUCGCUUCUGUUUCCUUCCCGACAACGACAAGGGCAGAAAGGUCCUGGAGCUGCUGAAGGUGGCGUGGAUGCGGCGCCUCAUCUUCACUGUGGGGACGUCCAGCACCACUGGGGAGCAGGACACGGUGGUGUGGAACGGCAUCCACCACAAAACCGAGAUGAUGUCCAACCUUUCGGGCCACGGCUACCCUGACCCCAACUACCUGGAGAACGUCCUGUCUGAGCUGGCCUCGCAGGGCGUGACAGAGGACUGCCUCAAACCUCCGGGAGGCAGCUGCAGCAGUUAGGUCACAGAUGGCAGCUCCAUGCAUUUCCACUCCACUGCAAACCUCCAGUUCAGCCCUCAGAAUCUAGUGGGUUUCCAGCGGUGGGGCAGGGGGGUAAAAACAAUCUCUGCAAAGAUUUGCCUGGUUCAUACGCUGCUGCAUUUCUGUGCGUCACAAGACCAAACUUGAAAAUAUGAGGAGGAGAGGGGGGGGGGGAUCCAGGCCCAUCUCAGUGUGCCUACUCAGUCAAACCUCCCAACGCACUGGCAAACUAGUGAUUCUUAUUUUUCCGGUUCCAGCCGCCUCAGUAUACUCGUGGACAAGUGGAGCUCACUCUGGGAAUGAAAAUCUCGUGAAGUACUUUAGCUCUGACAUGGUUUUUUUUUCCCCUGUUACAGGCCAGUUAUCAAACUGGGAACAGUCAAAUGUUUCAUCUGAAACAACACUAAACUUCAAGUAGCAACCUCAGUAUAAUAAACAGAUUUGAUGAGAAGAGGCAAUACUUCACAAUUGUAAAUAAAAAUAUAAAUGCAUCAAAAAUAUGAAAAAAAUGCCAUAAAGUUGACUUUUUUCAUUAUUAUUUAGCUAUCUUCUAUUUAAGCCUUUAAACUGGGGGCAUUCUGCAGCUGUUUGUCAUUUCAUGUAUGUGAGAGAGAAUGGCCCCAUGAACUCAGCUAUUUUAUCACCUCUGAGACAAAAGAAUAAAAAAAAUCUCUAGUUAGGAAGAUUUGACAGUGUGACAAUCAAAGUCUUCAAACUCUGUCUUGAUUAAAACGAGUCUAGCAAAGCUGCAGCGGACACGUCCAUGUUCCCUCGAGGUGCAACCUCCUGUAUUCACACAUUAUUCUGCUCACAGUACCGCAGCUCAGCCUUGGUGUGUGUACAACUUUAAAAAUGAAAACAAAAAAAGAUCUGCAAUAAAGAAGUGAUGCAAAAUAAAA